CACCAUGCUACAACCCAUAUCCUGCCGACUUAACCAUUCAUGGGUUUUGGUCGCGGGGCUGUCAUUCUACAGACACUCUCGCUUUACACUCAUCACACUCUCAAGGUACGUAACAUCUAACAGCUGGAUUCAUAUUUCUUAUGAUUUCUUCUUCUUCUUGUUCGUAACUGAUUCUCACAUGUCCUUUUUUUUUGCUUGGAUCAAAAGCAUAUGUUGAGUGCGACAACGAUUCAUAACCUUUACACGACAUGGCCCCACUUGCAGGAGAGAGGACAAACGGACCCCCACCCUGAAUUCUGGGUCUAUGAAUGGAAAAAACAUGGUAGUGCUUCAGGGCUACAACCAGACGAUUACUUCAGAAGGGAAAAUAAGUUAUUUCGGUACCUCAACGUGAAGAAUCUCCUUGCAUAUGGAGGCGUUGUUUCAGAAAACUAGUACUAGUAUAGCGUAGCAAUGAUCCAAUACUAUGCAGGGGGAGCGACCAACUUGAAACCCAACAUCGUAUGUUGGAUUGAUCCAAAUGGAGCCGUUUUCCUAUUUGAGAUCCGCUACUGUACCAACCUCAACAGACAGCCUAUUACGUAUCACAUAACCACGUGUCAAUCAUGUGGAGGAAUGUAUACUUAUGUGUAUAUCAUUAAUUAGUGGUAGUCGCAAAAAAGGUGUUUGUUUAUAUAAACAAAUAAGCAAACGACUAACCGCUGCUUUAUAAGACAACGUUCCUUUUAUAAUUGAAAUAAAUAGGGCAUCCUAUUCCGUGUCGCAUAACCAUGUGUCAAUCAUGUCAGAGAAUGUAUUCUUAUGUUAUGUGUAUAUCUUUAAUUAGUGGUAUUCGCAAACAACAGUGUUCGCUUAUAGAAAAAAAUAAACAAAUGACAAAUUGCUGCUUUAUAAGACAACAUUCCUUUUACAAUUGAAAUGAAUAAAUAACAUUUGCUUCAUGCUUGUCAAUCAAUUGCUUAAUACAAAACUUGCUCAAAGCUUUGGUAAACAAGUCAGCCACUUGGUCAACGGUUCUCACAUACACAAAAUUUUAUAAACAAAAUAUAUGAUUAUUUCAGUAAGGCAUAGAUCUUAUACACCAAGUGCAGAGAUCCAUAUUCGCCACCAUGCUGCAACCCAUAUCCAAUCGACUUCACCAUUAAUGGAUUUUGGCCGUCCAACUACAGUUAUGCGUACCAUGUGGCUCAACAGACAGACAACUACUGCACCAACCUCAACAGACAGCUUAUGUUGUGUCACAUAACCACAUGGCAAUCAUGUGGCUCGGGACAACAUAGUUAUGCGUAUGUCGUCCGGUAAUAGUGGCAAGCAAACAAGGGACCCAUUGUAGAGGAGAAUCUUCACAAUGUUACAUAUCCCGAUUAAUUAUUAAUAACAAACACAUUGUUAUAUUAUAUAUCCACAAUUAUUUAUAUCUAUUUAAGUGCUACUGAAACUAAUAAGCGUUUGCAUAUCCCGAUUAAUUAUAUAACAAACACAAUGUUAUAUAUCAACAAUUAAUUAUAUCUAUUUGAGUGCUACUCAAACUAAUAAACGUUCGCUAGUAUUUAUAUAUUUAAUUGUGGUGAGUAACAUGCUUUGUGUCCUUCACUUCUUUGAUAUAAGGAACUGUGAAGGUUAUUAUCAUGGUUUUACAACGACCUGUAAUAUUUAUUGUAAUUUUCCCAUUUACCGAAUACCCGAUCCAUCAAUUUGAUUGGGCUAAGUUGGCCCAGUUACGUUACCCCUUUUCCAUAUGGGCUGAAAUGACCUCUCAUUGAUCAGGCCCACACACCUUGCCUCGGCUGUCUCUUUGACCUGUCGACGGGGGCGCCCUCGAUCAAACGGCUUCCCACGGACGCAACCCACCGAGUAAGGAAUCCGCUUGGCGGGAAAUAAAUACAGAUUCGGCAAUGGGGCGCAAAAAAAUUCCUCAGUAAUUCGGGCAAGGGUUGUCGCCGUCAACCUUCCCACCUGAACCUGGUACUCGCUGAGCGCUGCCGUCACCGAGGAGAUGCUAACUGGGCGGGAGAGCUUGAUCCGAUUGGUCGGAAAGCGGCGGCGGUUCCUCCCCAAUCGUCACUCCCUCCUCCUUUCCGCCGCCGCUAUCCAGGACUCGCGUUUGGAUGAUGAUGGGGAUCGGUCGCCGGUGGGUGGAAUGGAAGAGAUGAAAGCUGGGGAAGUUGAACAGCGUUCGGGCGAAACUUCAGUUGCCGAAACUGAAUGGGUCAGUUGUCCUGUUUGUGGUACUAAAGUUUGUGGGGGAGACUACAUGAUGAACUCACAUUUAGAUGUAUGUCUAGUUCAAGGGAAGAAGCGGAAACUGACCCAGCGAACACUACUACAGUUGGAUUUUCGGUCGAAGUCAGGUUCGGAAAUUGGAUCCAGCGAGUCAGGAAAGUUAAACAGCAGUGUGGUUUCUUCAGGACCUUUUGAAAACAAACAUUUACUGAGGAGAGUCUUUGGUUUACAGAAGCCAAAUUCAGAUGAGGGGAAGGAUAUUGAUACUGCCAAACCACCUUCAGUUGUUGCUAGCAGUAAUGAUAGCCAAGCUGUUGAACAAAUUUGUGAAAAUGAUGAGAGCGUUGGCCAAGUUGGUUCUUCUUCUGUAACCGACAAGCUCCAGAUGACUCUCGAGACUCUCGAGACUUUUAUAGUUGGACGUAAGUUUAGUGAUGAAAAAGAGUUAAAUUGUGGAGCUAGCAUCACUCUGUUGCAGGACCCAGAGAAUGCUAAGGAUCCCAACGCAAUAAAGGUUCUUUUAGGAGAUUCUGCAUCUUGCAGGGUGCUCGGUUUUCUACCACGUGAGCUGGCUCGCUAUUUGUCUCCUUUGAUUGAGAAGCAUGGUGUCAUUUUUGAGGGGUUCAUAACUUCUAUUCCAGAUAACCCUCUUGAUGUUGUUCCCAUUCAAAUCAGGAGCAAGGAUACCCUAACAAGUAGUUCCACUGAUGAAAACGAAGUGAAGGACCUCACAACUUCUUGGAAGAACGUUCUUCAUGUGGUUGAAUCUAUGAAGAGUAAUUCACCCAGUGCGGCAAAGUAUCAACAGAACUUCAUUAUAUUAGUCCAAGAAGUUUUACGAACUAAUUCUCACCUCUUUACUGAUGAAGAGAGAAAUUUCUUGGAAUUGUUUUUCUCUCUCUCUGAUGACAGUCAGAGGCUUUUUGUUCGGCUCUAUUUACGGAAAGGCCCUUGGUUCCGCAUGUCCAAUGUUUCCUACCCUGAAAUUUUGAAUCUGAAGGAAGCCAGCAAUGAGCUCUCUGCAAAGGGUUACAUGUGUUCCAUUGGGCACGCAAAUGAACUUAAAAAUAGCAACAUGGAGGAAAUUCUGAGUUUACUAACUGUAUCUGAGCUACGAGAAAUCAGCAGCAUGCUUAAAAAGAACGGUCCUCUCAGUACCAGGAAGCAGGAUAUUGUAGCAGAGCUUUGCUCACUAUGCAAGGAUGGAGUAUGUCCAAAACUACCAAUAGCAGUUAUGGAUAGGACUGGAAAAUGUGUCAAGAUAGAUGCCAAAGCCGAGUCCCUUAUCUGGCGUGCUGAGAGACUUUUCUUCCUGAAUGGGGAGCAGGAUUUGAGAGCUUUUCUACUGGUUGAUUUGGGAGUAGUCAAAUACCCGAAUUAUAAUUGCGUAAUAUCUGAACAAAUAUUCACAAUUAGAAGUGAACUACUUGCUUAUGAAGAGGCAAUUGAAGUCGCACAACUUAUGGAUGAAUCGUUGGAUGAAAGUAACAGCGAGUUGGUGCUAACAUGCAUAACCAUAGCUCAAUCACGUUUAUCUAGCUCAUGCUCAAAAGAUAUUCAAGCCAUACCUUAUGAAACACGGGCUAAAACAUUUUCUUGUUUUUCUGCAUCGUGGGUAUAUUCCAAGAUUGGCACUCUUGGGAUUUCUUUUCUUGAGAGCAAGCGCAGGUACAAUGAAGCAAUCAGUUUGCUGAAGCUGUUGCUCAGUUGUUUUACUUGUGAUGGAAGAAGAGGAUAUUGGACCUUAAGAUUGUCCAUUGAUUUAGAACACAUCAGUUGUCCAAAUGAGAGUUUAACAACUGCUGAAAAUGGGUUACUGGAUCCGUGGGUACGUGCUGGUUCAAAAAUGGCUUUACAAAGGAGAGUCAUCCGCCUGGCAAAACCACCAAGGCGCUGGAAACCUCCUAGUUUUGCAGAUUCUUUCAAGAGAAAGAUCAGAGAGGUCCAUAUUCUUGGGAGGCCUUUGAAUUCUGAGACUGGAGUGAAGAGCAGGUUCUACGGAGAAGAUGGCGAUCAGUGUGGAGUUGAACAACUUGCUCUGCAGUACUAUGCUGGGGAAGGUGGUGGAUGGCAGGGUGUUCAUACAGAGUCUGGUAUAUGGUUGACCAUUUUUGGGCUUCUUAUGUGGGAUGUGAUGUUCUCUGAUGUGCCAAAUGUCUUCUACAAUAAAUUUCAGACUGCUCCCCUGGAUUUGGAUACCGACGGCUUCUACGCAGCAAGAAAGAGCGCAAUAGAAUCGCAACUGCAGAAAGUCCACGAUGGCAUGGCCGAGGAGAUCCUCAUAACCUCAUGGGAGCUGAAUUCAGGAACAGCCUGCAGAGGCGUAAACUGGGAGCGCCAUUCCCUGUCCGAACUUCGUGCUGUGGUGACCUGCACAGGUGGCCGUUGUUUGGCUUCCCUCUGCCGCCAUCUGGCCCAAGAUUAUCGAAGCUGGUCUAGUGGGAUGCCGGACUUACUGCUCUGGCGCUUCCAUGACAACUACAGAGGAGAAGUGAAGCUCGUCGAGGUGAAAGGCCCUCGAGACAUUCUUUCUGAACAGCAGCGAGCAUGGCUGCUCUUGCUAAUGGACUUGGGAUUCAAUGCAGAAGUCUGCAAAGUAAGCCCCGUGCCCCUAUCCACGUAGCCAUGGCGCAAUCAAAGUCCAUUCAUUGCUGCUGGUUGACGGGUAAGCUUCUCAUUCGUGCAUUCCUCGUUAUCUUGUCGUUUCAUGUUAUAAUGAAAUGUAGCUAUUUGUGGAGCAAAGGAAGAACAGCUGUCAGUAGCUAAGUUCGUUGCUUUCCUUUCUGCGAAAGGAAUAUGGUGCUGCUGUGUUGUUGUUGUCACUUGACUAAUUCGAUUGGGGUUCGGAUGUAACAUAAGAAAAUAGGGGGACAGACCUAACUGCCCUGUGCCCCUUUACUUUGUUUUAGUAAACAACGUGGAAAGUUGGGGGGAUUGUACCUUCUUAGCCGUCCGAUUGAGAAUCAGACUGAUGAGUCGCAUUCGGGAUGCAAGAAUCGGAUGGCUGAGACCGCGUAAGCAUGUCUCUGUGCUUACCUCGUUCAGCCGUCCGAUUGAGAAGCAGAUUGUUGAGUUUGUAUUUUAGGUGUAUGAAUCGGACGGCUGAUAACGCGUAAGUAUGUCGUUAUGUUUACCCUCGCUUAGUCGGGAGCCGGAUGAUAUGAUCGGGCUCCCUUAGAUGGAAAAAAAAUGGAAGGGUGUGCACAUGGGGAUUGGGGAGAAAUUAAUGAAAACUGUUCCCUCUGCUGUUGGGGGAUCUCAAUUCAGCCCUCCUAUUGGGGCCAGUGUAUGUCUACUGACUUUGAGACUCUUUCUUGGCAGUAUUUUGGAGACUUAUUUGAUAGGCUGAAUUGCUGAUGCGUAUAGGUAGAUGAUUAAAUGGAAUUGAUUUUGUGAUACUUGUAUAUGUUCUUUUUAUAAUAUUUUGUGGUGUUACAUAAUUCGUGGUCAAUUGUGAUUAUGGUUUAAUUGUAAUAAAGUACAUAUAACCUGAAGCCUACUUGGAAGGGCAUAAAAUUGUUUGUAAUUGACUAAUGGUUCGAUAAUCUCGCUGGUCUUCCAACCGGUAUUUGUCUAAUACGGGUUCUAAACCCUGUUGUACAGGCCGACGUAUCAGUAAUUUGACGACAUAUAUCAUAUCACCAAAAGUUGUUGUCUUCUCUCUCUUGUGGAGAGUUUGAAGUUUUUAAUCUUUGUGGAUUGAGAUGAGAUGAGGUUGGUCAAGGACUAGUUAGUUGUGUUGGCGGGCCUUACCUUUCUUGUUGUUGUCUGUGGUCCUGUGGAUAACAUAAUUUGAUUUGCAUCCAACUUAACCAGCUCCUUGUUUUCUUGUGCUCAUCCCCAUUCACUUCCUUGCAGGCCGAGGAUUUUAGUUGGGUACCAGUACUUGUUAUUAAUGUAUAUAUUGCCAUUAAUUCACUAAAUCUUAUAUCAGGGAUAGCGAUCUGGAUAGAGAUAUAUAUGUCACACCAUGGUGACUAUAGUCUGCGAAUUUACAUGUUAUUGAAGGAGAUGUUUGGAGAGGGUAAGUUCAUUUCGAGAUUUAAAUAUGAGAUCUUUGUGACGAAAAUUGGCAGUUGAAUCUAUGAGUCAAGUUUUGUUCGUGUUCCUCAACUUUUUUUUUUAAAUGACUAAUAAUAUGCUAUGAUUAGCUUUCCCUUGUUGAGGACUAUCGAAAGGCAUUAUUCGUUUCUGUUUAAUCUAGGAACUUGUUGCCAACUUAAGCGGCGUUACAUUGCUCGAGUUGGAUUAAGAAAAAUACGAUGAUUUUCUCUUGUUGAAAGGAUUGAGUAUAUCGUAGGAAGCUAAGUAAAAUUGUUAUUUUUAGUGUGAUAGAGGCAUCAUUAUAACACAUAAAACAACAAAAUGUGUCUUGAAAAUAUGUGAAUGUGAAUGGAGAGGUGGGGUGGGGUAGAGAGGGGCAUGAUUAAUUUGAUGGUGAUGUGAAUGAUGGUAUUAUCUUUAGGUACAAGUUUUCUUUAUAUGCAUGAAGCUUGCUGUAAGGUUAAAAUACAAAAGGACCCUCAAUAUCAAUGGAUUAAUGCUAGCAUGCAACACCAUCCCAAUAAAAGAUAUAAUUCUUCUACUGUUUAAUAAUAAUAAAUGACAUCG